AUGAUUCAUAAUCUUAUCCGCUUAUUAAUUUUAUCAACAGCAUUCUUUAUGGCGAAUGCUUUUGUUUAUACAAGCUGCGCUGAUAAAAUUUAUGGUGCUGAACUUGAAUUAACAUUUGACCCUAAACUUCCUGUCGCUGGGCAACCCAUCACGCUUAGUAUUUCUAGUGAUUUUAAUCAAGAAAUUACUACAAAAACCCAUAUUUAUAUUAAAUUAUUAGAAGGUGCUUAUGAUAAAGAACCUCUUGAAAUGUAUAAAUAUUAUCAGAAACUUUGUACUGGAAACGAAGCUUUGUGUCCAAUCUCAGUUGGAAAAACAAUUAAAGUAACAACAAAUUUAACAAUUCCAAGUGAAAUUAAUAUUGAUAAUCUUAUUAUGUUAACUUAUAUUGGAACACCAAGAGAUUCAGAUGAUUAUGUAGUUACUCUUGGCUGUUCAUGUUAUUCAAAAUAUCCUACUUAUUGCAACAAUUUGCAGCACGGAUAA